GCCUUUCCGGGCAACCGUGGUGCACAGUGAUCUUGGUGGUACCCAACGGACCACGCUCAAGGUUGUCAGCUUCGGUAAAAGGAGAUAGUGGACGUUAGAGGAAACCUUGUGGCCAUAAGACCAGACUGUGGACACUACCAAAGCCCGAGCUGACAUGGACCAGGCCAGGUCGACGAUAUCCAAGAUUUUCAAUGGGGAGCCGCGGUCGUACACUCGCUUCAACCUCACACAGAACAUGGAGGGUGAGAACAGCCAGGUGGAGAUGAAGCUGUCGUCCGACAUGGACGAGGAGGCGGUAGGCGGCAACGGCGUGGGCGAGCACCACAACCACGUGCGCGACCCCUACGCCGUGCACAAACCCGCCGGCCGCACCCCCAGGAAUCUGUGCUUCAUGGUGUUUGCCUCGCUGCUCAUCCUCAUCAUUGGCUACCUGAUUGGCUACCUGGCACACCGAAGGCAAGAGAUCGCUCCUAGGUGUGCCGCUUCCAGUGUCCCCAUGGAAGAGUCCAUUACCGGGACGAUUGUGGAGACGGGGGCCGCCCCCCUCAUGGACUGGUCCGAUGUGAAGAGCCUGCUGCAGGGGAAGCUGAGUGACUCCCUCUUCGAGACUACCUUCACGGAGUUUGCCAGUGACAGCCACCAGGCAGGCUCUGAUGGGGACGACAUUCUGGGGAACAAAGUGCUGAAGAGGUUCAAAGCUAAAGGCAUGCAGACGUGGAAGGACGAGCACUUCGUCAAGCUUGUGGCCCCCGGCUCCGAACCCAACAGGGUGACCUACAAAGGCUCUGACCUGGGAUCACUGAGUGGCUAUCUGGCCUACAGCAAGACUGGAAGUGCACAGGGUGCCGUCCUCCACGGCAACUAUGGCGAAGUGGACGACCUGAACAAACUGCAAGAUAAGAACAUUGCCUUGGACGGACGUGUCCUUCUGGUCAAAGCCGGCAAAAUUGGCUUUGCCGAGAAGGUGGCCAAUGCAGCCAAGCUCAACGCCAGCGCCGUUCUCAUAUAUCCAGACCCAGCUGACUACACCAGGGUCGGAGGGUCUACUCAGCUUUACGGCCACGUCCAUCUUGGCUCUGGUGACCCUUAUACCCCAGGGUUCCCCUCGUUCAACCACACCCAGUUCCCCCCCACCCAGUCCUCAGGCCUGCCUACUAUUGUGGCCCAGACCAUCACCACUGACAUGGCUUCCAAAAUCACGAGCAAUCUGGGUGGACACAAUGCCCCGUCAGGUUGGGAACACGUUGGGAAACUGGGCGCCGACAGUGACAUGGUCACGGUGGUAGUCAACAAUGUUCUGGCUGACAAGAAGAUCACCAAUGUGUUUGGGGUCAUCAAAGGCUUUGUGGACCCAGAUCGUUACGUGGUUCUCGGCGCCCAGAGGGACGCGUGGGGGCCAGGCUUUGCCAGCUCCACCGUGGGCACCAGUGUGUUGGUGGAGCUGGCCCGUGCCAUCUCGGACAUGGUGGGAAACGAUGGCUUCAGGCCCAGGAGGAGCAUUGUGUUUGCCAGCUGGAGCGCCGGAGAGUAUGGCAGUGUUGGCGCCACCGAGUGGUUGGAGGGUUAUUUGUCUUCUUUGAACAUGAAGGCGUUCUCCUACAUCAACCUGGACAGAGUCGUAAGUGGUUUAAAAAAGCCGAAAGCCUCGGCCAGCCCGCUGAUGUAUGGACUCAUUCAGAGCACGCUGAAUGAGAUCAACACACCCACUGACUCCAGCAGGACUCCGCUGUACUACUCCACUGAUGCAAAUUGGGAGGACAAAGUCAUGGAGCCUUUGAGGCUAAACGAUCCCAUCUACCCUUUCAUCACCUUCUCGGGCAUCCCGUCGGUCUCAUUCCGCUUCACCUCGGGUUUUGAAUACCCGUACUUCGGCACGCUGCAAGACACUCGCGCGAGGCUGGACGCCGCCACGUCCAACCAGGUGGCCCCGAUGGCCGUGCUGGCUGCUCGGUUCGCCGGUCACAUGGCCCUGCGUCUGGUCCACGACCACCUCCUGCGUCUCGACGUGGACCGGUACAACGCCGAGAUUCGCUCGCAUGUGGUCACCAUCAACCGCAAGGUCCAGUCCCUGAUGAGAAUGCAGCCUCAGCUGCUGCCAAAUGUCCUGACGGUGCGCUGGCUGAUGUCCGCGUCCGGGUCCUACUCCCGGGCGUCUCGCAGCCUCUCCUCUGACAUCAUGAACAGUGACCUGGAGGACGUGGAGAUGUGUCGCAGCAUCAACGACCGCAUCAUGAGGGUGGAGAGGGACUUCCUGUCUCCGUACGUGUCUCCCAGGGAGGCCCCGUUCCGACACAUCCUGGUGGGCUCUGGCUCGCACACCCUGAAGGGUCUGUCGGACCACCUGGACGCCCUGGAGAAGAGCAACCCGGGGGCCGAUGUCGACCUGUUCAGGAACCAGUUCGCCCUUGCCACCUGGACCAUCCAGGGUUGUGCCAACACGCUGGCGGGGGACAUCUGGUCUAUGGAUAACUUGAUCUAAGCCCGUCUCUGCACGUUAGUCAAGACAGACGGUAAUAUUGAGUGUGUAGUGAAAGGAGGCAGCGAGGCUCACCUAUUCAGGAAAAUGUAAUGGAGGUGUCGUAUCCAUAUCAGUGCCACAAAAUCUCCCCUCUUUUUUUCGAAUGAGUUGUAAGCACUUGCCAAAUACAAUUUGCUCUGCGUUUUACUGACCCCUGUGUCCCAACCUCGCCCUGAAAAUAACACUGAAAUUCACCUGCCUUAAGUGUCAUUGGCUUUUGAGAAAAAUAUGUGGAAGGCCAAAUGUUGCCCUUGGGAAAAUGAAAUGCUUUUACAUUGGCGUGGGACUUUUUGUGCCACAUUUUAAAUACACUGGUGCUAAAAACUAAUUACAGAUGGCUUCCAUAUGGCACGCAUACAUGUAAUCUUUGAGGUACCUCGCGAUAAUAUAAAAAAAGAUACAGUAUUAUCACCCACCACGAACAAAAUUGCUAUUGUUACAAUCUUGCUGUUAUUUCUACACUGUUCAUACUUUUCAAAGAGAGGUCUUAUAUUGUGCUAAAAACUAUGUAGAACGAAACCGUGGGAUGAGAGAUGUUGCCAGAGGGGCUACAACGUAAAUUCAGCUCAGAAGCUAAAACCGAACUUAACCAGGAAAUGUCCGAUAAUCUAACCUUGGUCACUGAAGUUGUUGUCCUGUGGUGUAAAUCAAGCAAGAUCCUCACUCCACGUAUGUUUCUGAACUCAUCAUUUCACCACAGCAAUGUUAAUUUCAAUUAGGUGUAGGAAGUGUUUCAACUACGUGGCGGUGAGAACAUCUAUUUAUUUUCUUAUUUAUUUAUCAGUGACAGGGUUCACUAUAAAUGGUGUUCUUUUUUUACUGUUUUUAUUUUACAUUUUUUAUGAGUAAUUAUCGGGAGCAGUGCCUUCCAUAAUUAUGACAGUUAUACUGUCGAAAUGACAAAGCAGCAUCUGCUAUGGAAGUGUACCUAUCUGACUAACGACCCAUAAUAUAGACCAGUCCUCAAACCGUUCAGUCAUUCCACAACUGACUGCAGGCCUGAGAAUUGGACAUUUUAAUUUAUUCUGAUUGACAUCUUGAACCGGUGAACCGGUGAAAAAAAAUAUAUACAUUGAGUAUCUCAGAAAUCUGUGCUGUGACUAUUUGAGGUAAACACGGAACCCCGAGGUGGUCUCUAGUACGGGUCUUGUGAUGCAUGUACACUUCUUCUGUUCAUCCUGAAACGUUAUCGGGAGCAGUGUCUUCCAUAAUGUGAAGAAGAAGAAGAGGAGGUAGUUUUUGUCUACCGGCGUGUCUAUAUCGUAGGCAGUGACCUCCAUAUUUCACUGAAGGGUGGAUGUGAUUUAUUAUCGGGAACAGUGUUUCCCAUAAUGUUGUAUAUAUUGUCUACAUCUAAUAACCUCUUGCGGAGCUUCAAGUUCCCAAUCAUGUAAUUUGCAACCCUUAUAUCCUUGACACACUAGCAAGCUAGCAUCUGAUUUUGUCUUUUCAUCUCUUGUUUGUUAGCCUCACAAGAAAUUUUAUUUUAACUUUUUUUUUUUUUAAAUCCAUUGAUUGGGAAAAUGCUACAGAGCUGACACUGUUUGAACAAUCUGAACAAAGCAGUUGAAUGUUUCAGCAAAAGAUUAAGAAUCAGAUCUGCACGAUUCUCUCCAUAUAAAACGAUUGCUUACACUUCAGAGGUAGACACGGCAAAAUGACCAGCGAGUACCAGUUGGCUUGACAUUUUUUCUGUGCGGUGCCCGCCAAACCAAAACGGGCAACAUUGUACCCUGUUGAUGUACCCAGUAGGCUGUUUGCCCUCUGCGUACGUCAUUUCGCUGAGUCUACAAUUAACGUGAAGCCGGCAGGCGUAAUGCUUUAUUUGUUAUAUUCCGUAUAUGUAUCGUUCAUCAUAAUGUCUUCUAAAUGUAGUCUGUUUGAUUUGAGGUCACCAUGAGAGGACGUAACUGUAGCUUAAAUGCCCGUUAAGUCUUAUAAUGCAUUAUAACAGCAAAAUAAUGCCUUUAUAUAACAGCGUAACAAUGCUUCACGUUACUUUUUCCUAUUAAAAUGUUUUCGGUUGCUGUAUAUUAAUUUUUAAAUUGUUUUUGCUUUUCUUUUGGGGGCUUAGGUAAUUGGGGCAAAAAUUGUGUUUAGAGAUCCUGGAGAAAUCAACUUCCCUCUGUGUGUGUUGCUUUUGCUUUACCUACAAUUCCUUGCAGUCAUUGCAGUUAUUGUUUCAAAAUGUUUGUGUAGAAAUUUCCACCGCCUAUUAAAUUAUCGUGAAGACUCUACAAUAAUAAAAAAAAGGCUUUCACCAUGUUUUGACACUAUACAUGUGUUCCCCCCCCCCCAUUUACAAUGUUUAGAAAUAAUUGGGUAAAACAAACACCAUUAAUUUCAAAGUUCAAGAACAGAUGCUGCCCUAGCAGAUUCUGUCUAAGCACAAAGUUAUACAACUAUAUUAUUCAACAACAGAAAAGGCCCUUUAGGUUCAAUACCUAUAAUUAACAAAAAAAAAGGAGAUGCAUUGAGUGAUUAAUUUUUGACUGUCCCACAAUGAGCUGUUGUCACCAUGUCACAGCAAAGCAGUGUUUUACUAAAGUCUGGAAAGCCACUCGGAUUUUGCUUUUUGUCCUGAAUUGUUUUUUUUUGCACUGCUUUCAGAAAACAUCCUUAAUAUUUGCAGUAACACUGGAAUGUUGAUGUUUCACAGUAUCACUUAACUGUCAGUGUUUAGUGGUAUCCGCCUAUUGAAGUCAAGCAUGGAUUUCCACUGUUGUGGAGUAGGGGGAUAUUUGUUUGAAUGCAGAAUAAUGUUCUAGCUGUCUAUCUGUCUUCCACAUGGUGAAAAAUCCUACAUGUAACAAUGUUUUGAAUCACCUGUCUAAAUCUGAAAUAUUUUUAAAACUGUUAGCAUUGGUGGUGUGAUGUCCUUCUAUUCAUGUUUUUUUUAGGACUGGACACAGCAUUCAAAAACAUAGCAUAUCUCCAAAUAUUCCCAUUGGUAGGAACUUUAAAUACUUUUAUUUUGACAGAUUGAAAAACUGUGGGUGGCAUAUUUUGAAAUUCCCAAUGUUUUUGAAAGAAUUUUUUUAGGACUGUAUGCAAAAAUGUAUUGUCUUUCCUCUUCGCUUCAAUAAAUCAUUACAUCGCUGUUAAAA